AUGCGGCAAAUUAUACGAAGAUUUGCAAUACAUUUCGUAAUAAUUAUAAAUGUAGUACUGAUCUAUAGAAAUACUACAGCAACUCCUGAUCAUAACCCAUCAUUUGACUAUCACUCUCAACACCACACCGAUAAUCAGAGAACAUCAAGAUUUAACGAAAAUGAACAAAGUCAACAAAAAAUCGCUGAUGUUUUGGAUGAUAAAUCAAUCAAUAAUGUACACAUUCAAAUAUUUCUGGUUACUCCAAAUAAAACUCCCACAAACUCCAACAUACGAACAAAUGAACUUCGUAAUAAAGAAAUAGGCAGUCAAGAAAAUCCCAUAUCACUUGAAAUUGAUCUUGAAAAAGGUACCGUAGACGAAGUAAGCAAUAGCCGCCAUGUGUCGCCAAGGAUCAAUGAUGAAGGAAACAUUGCAACAUUUAUUCAACCGAUUGAUCAAACUAAUAGAAAUAGCAAAAAUGGAAUGCAAUCCAAGAAAUUUGAAGGAUUAUCAAUUGAAGAAAUCGAACCAUCGAAGAGAUUUAAAUCAAAUUCUGAUAAUGUAGCAGCAAUAGACAGAAAUUGGCUGAGAGCUAAUUUUGAUAAAAUGAGUCCAGCUACUUUGAAUGUAUCGGAAAACGGAUUUUCAACAUCGAAUCAUAUCAAUAACAUUAAUUCGAAUUCAUCUACCUAUAGAUUUGGAAACUUAGAAUCAAGCCAUAUCGUAGAUUAUUCGUCAUUUUUCACAAAAACUCCAUCUAUGCAAACAACUACACUAGUUUCAGAUUUCGAAGUUGUUUUCAUUUCUCCUGAACAAAUUCCCACUACUACAACAAUUUCUAUUACUGAUAAUGAAAUGCUAUUAAAGCAAACAUCAGAUCAACAAAGUUCUGAUGCAACAAUUAAUUUUAAUCCCAAAAUAUUUUAUGAAGAUAAACAUUCCGGAACGUCAAGCACACAAACCGUGCACUUUCUUCCUAACACCUACAGGAUUUCAGAGAAUGAAACAGAUUUCAAAAAAACGAUUUUUUCAAGCACUGGUCAUAAUGCCGUUUCUAAGAAUAUUUUACCUUUUGAACCACUUUUAACUUCCACAGUUUCUUUGCCAAAUGCAACACCGGAACUAUUAAUUUUUACUAACAAAAAAAAAUUUGAUCCAGCUCACGUUGGAAUUAAACUACUACCGGUAUUCGAUGAAACCAGUAGAUCGUCAGGUAUAACUUUGAUUGAAAACAUUACUGAAUCGAAAAUUAAUUCUGAAAAUCAGUCAUUAUAUUUUGGUCCAGCACAUCCGGUUGCUUUCAUUGCGGUAGGUGAUCGAGAGAUUCUGGAUGAGCAAAAGUCACACAGAGAAGCUUCAUCAGUUCUCACAAUUCCGCAUAUUGCAGUUGGCGAACAGAUCAGUGAGAUGCAAGAAACUUAUCCUUCAGAUUCCGCUGAAGAUGAAACUAUGAUUAUGGGAAGACAAUCAAUGAUUGAUUUAUUACAAAAACAGGAUAGUAUUAAUACAAAACGUAUUUCAUCUCAGGAACAUACGAUGGAAUCAGCUGAAAUAGCAGAGCAAACACAAUUCAAAAAGCCUUUUCGUUCCGGAUUUAAUUCAAGAGAUGGAAUAAUUUUACCUGAUCUUACUACUCAAGGGCAAAACAUUUCCUCGCCGGAAAUAUUUUUAAUUCCAGAACAAGAUUUUAUGGCUUCUCAACCGGAUUACAUAGAACCGAUUGAUUCAGUAAGAACUUUAAUUUCGAGUGAGCAUGCACCACCGUCUGCUGAAUUUGGAACAAAGCGAGGGAAAAGUGAAAUUCUGAAAUCUGAAUUAAUAACAUCGCAAUCAAAUACAAACAAAAUAAAGGUCAGUGAACCGAUCUAUUGUGAUAACAUUGCUACCAAUGAAGGUGAAUGUCCGAUAGUAAAUGAUAAAUCUGAUCAAAUACGAUCCGAUAUAUUAUUCUUAUUAGAUACUUCUCAUAAUAUUACUAAAAUAUACUUUCAACAAGCGGUGAAAUUUAUCAUGGACACCGUAGAACAAUUUAAAAAUAUUGGUCCUGAUGGAGUGCAGAUUUCAUUGGUACAGUUUACACGUGAACCAGUGCUGGAAUUUUCAUUCCGUAAGCAUAAUUGUAAACCUUGUCUUCUUGCUGAUAUUGGUGAUACUGAAUACAUCAGUGAUUUGAAUAGUGUUGAUAAUGUCAUUCAUAAAGUUGUCAAAUAUGGUUUUAGCAAACGAAGAGGUGAUAGGGAUGAAGUGCCGAAUGUACUUGUAAUGGUCAGUAGCGGUAUGUCCAGUGGUCAGUUCCAUGAAGCGUUACAGUUACUUGAUCCAAACAAUAUAACUGUAAUAAUAGUAUCCAUCAAAGAUACAAAUCCUCAAUUGAUUAAACAACUUAUCAGAGACGAGCAUCAUAAUCUUAUCUUCAAUGUAACUGCAGUGAACAAUGGUCAACUAGCUGAUCAUUUAGCAAAGCAUAUUCGAACCACUACAAAAGAAAAAUUAGCAUUUUUCGAGAAUAGAAUAGCAAUGGAAAUGGAUCAAUCAGUUCAGGAAUUUACUGUUCAAUGUUUAAAUGAUGGAUUCAAUGUAACAUUUAAAUUACUCAAAUCAUUUGGUGGAACUAUCGUUGUUCGGGGUAAAAAUAUGACGAAAAAUUGUUCAAAAAUUAUUCAAGCUGAACAAUUCGGUGAACGUAUUGACACUCGUGAAGUUCAUUUCUUCAUUAGUUUUAAGCAAUGUGAUAUUGAAGAAAUAAUAUCGGUAAAUCCAGCAGGACUGAAUUAUUCCGCACUGAUCAAUAUAAUUCACGACAAAUGGUUAGUAAGUGAUGCAGAUAAGGGAUUUGUUCUUCAGUGUUAUCAACCUCAGCAGUUACACGAAUUAACAAAUUUGCGCAUUAAUCAGCGCCCACAAGGUGAUAUUAAAAUAGCAAAAAUAUUACCACUGAAUUCAAUACCACCAUUAUGUAAUUAUACAAUUCGAGCGGAUACACCAAAUGGACCGAUAAUCCAAUAUGCUAAACUUGGCGAUACUAUCUAUCAUAAAUGGGAAUGUGAAAAUAAUCACCAAGCAUUAGAUUUAUACGGAUUACACAUUCAUGAUUGUUAUGCUAAAUCAGAAAGCAAACAACAACAACAACAUAUUAUAAUCGAUAGUAAAGGCUGUAUUGCGGAUGCGAAUAUUGUUAACGAUGUGAUUUACUCCGAUGAUAAACUUAUGGCUUUUGCAUAUGUCAAAGUUUUUAAACUUACCAAUUCGGAACAUUUAUCAUUUCAUUGCAAGAUUAGUUUGUGCAUUAAAAGAGCGGAUGGUUGUGAAGGAAUUACACCACCUCGAUGUCCAGGAACCGAUUACAAAGAUUUAUUGAUUUAUCACCGGAAUCGUCAUAAUACGGAAUCUUUCUUGGCUGCGCUAACCACUGAGGAAGAAGUUAGAUUUACCGUUGUUCCAUCAAUGAAUGUUACCGAUUCAGCCUUUUCGCAUCAAACCGUUAAGGAACUCUCAAAUACAAAUUUACUUUGGUUGAUGGUUAUCCUUAUUGCCUUAUCUGCUAUUAUCCUUUUGAUCCUUAUCAGAUACAUUACUAGAAUGAAUAGCAAGGAUGAAUUUAUAGCUUCGGAAAGUUUAAAAAGGCAUAAAACUAUCGAUAACAUUGAUUACAUCACAUCUGCAACAACAUUUGCAAAAUUUUUGUCAAACGAAAAAAGGGUAAAGAAGGAGCAAAACGAUGCGUGUCGUAGCGAAUCGCUAAAAGGAAAAAAUAAUGAUGGAGAAAUAAAAACUGAAAUCGUUUCUGUUAGUCUAAAUUCUACUAACGAUGGAAUUAGACCAUCCGUUAAGUAUGAUUCUUCGGAUGGCACUGUAUCAGCCACGGAAUCUCGUCAUGUUCAAUUUGAUCAACAUGAUGGAUCUUCUUGGUCAUUUUAA